UUACAAAAUACCUUUUUUUUUUUUUAAUUCAGCGUAAACCGCCCGGCAAAACACGCCGUUGAAUGUUUGAAAACUGUUUGUCUCUGAUGAAAUCUUUGUGGCGAAGACCAUAUCCUCCGAAAGAAGAGAACAUAGUUGAGAACAGAAAGUGGUGUCAGAUGGUGAAUGAUGCGCCACUUGUCCUAUCAAGGGUUGCCCACCUGUAAAUGCCACUUGUGUGAGGUACAUAAAUAGUAGUAAUUUAAAGAUGGAAUCUAUCCUAAAGUCUGAGUUUUUCAAUAUCCUAACAUGGGGAUGCAAGGAUUUGCUUGAAGAAGUGGAGUAAUGAUGUUUAUCAAUCAGGAUCAUCUGAUCUCAUAUGAUGAUCGAAACCCAAUCUCUGCAACUGUGGCCACUUAGCAUUAAUGAUGAUAAAAAACUAAACAAGCAAGGAAGACGCAGCAGAAACAGAGGAGUUGGAUUCUGUCCAGAAAAAAGCCCUCUCUCUCUCUCUCUCUCUCUCUCUCUCUCUCUGCUUCUAUAGCUAUCUCAAGAAACUAAAAGGCCUUUUCCUUUACUUUUGAACGGAGCAGUCACGAGACCCCCCUGAAAUAUUUGCUUUGAAUUCAUCUAUCUUUCCACUGCCAAACGACCUAAUCUCUUGACCCUGCCGUGAAAAACUCUCUUCUCUCUCUCUUUUUUUCCUUUUUUGCAACAAUAACACCCCUGCAUUUUCAUGAAUUUUAUCUUUUCUUUACUUUCCAAUUCUUCAUGUCAUGAAACUCCAUUGCCUUUGCUUGUUUGUUUUUCAGUAGUUAUAUUCUCUAUUUUCAUCAUGGAAAGUCGUCAUUUGACUGGUUUUUUCAUGUACUAAAAAACCUGAUGAAUGUGUGCAUGACUGUUUCUUGUACUGUUUUUGAUCAAUUCAUGAAAACCCAUUUUUCUUUUUCAAUUUUCUACAGAACCCAUGUUUUUGAAUCAGUUCAUGCACUUUCUAAAAUCAAUUCACACUUUCAGGAGGAAAGCUCCUUUUGAUUGUUUGUUUUGACACUUUUUUUUUGCGUCUUUCAAAAAAAAAAAACACACCCUAUCUUUGGUGCUAAUAUCAAACACAACAAGGGAGGUUCUUCAAUGGCGAGUUCAUGUUUCCAUGCAUUUCGACUUCGAAGAUCGAAGAGCAAACCAUUAAAAAUCUCUUCCUCGUCAAAAUCCCAUUCGAAUUCUGAAAUGGAGAACUUGGAGAGGAAGAGAUUUGACAGUUUGGAGUCAUGGUCAAUGAUUUUGGAAUCUGAGAAUGUAGAGACUUGGGAGGCAUCAAAGGAGGACCAAGAGGAAUGGACUGCUGACCUUUCGCAGUUAUUUAUAGGCAACAAGUUUGCCUCUGGAGCUCAUAGUAGGAUUUAUCGUGGAAUUUACAAGCAGCGAGCGGUUGCUGUCAAAAUGGUGAGAAUUCCAACCCAAAAGGAGGAGACUAGAGCUUUCCUUGAACAGCAGUUCAAAUGUGAAGUUGCUCUGCUUUCGCGUCUCUUUCAUCCCAAUAUAGUGCAGGAAAUCUUUUCCAAUGUGAAAGCUUUGUUAAUUAAGUGUACUUUCUUUCUCAUCCUUUGUUGUCUUCAAGCUUUGGAAGAUGUCAUACUGGGUGACCUGAUUUUUGGAAACAGCCUCAAAUUUCCGCGGGACUGGCUUGAUAACAACCUCAUAUUUCUUAUCCGUUUCAUUGCAGCUUGUAAAAAGCCACCCGUGUACUGUAUCAUCACAGAGUACAUGUCACAAGGAACUCUGAGGAUGUAUCUCAACAAGAAAGAGCCAUACUCACUUUCAACAGAAACAAUUCUGAGAUUGGCUCUUGAUAUAUCACGAGGAAUGGAGUAUCUUCAUUCACAGGGAGUCAUCCACAGAGACCUGAAAUCAAAUAAUUUGCUUCUAAAUGAUGAAAUGCGGGUUAAGGUUGCUGAUUUUGGUACAUCAUGUCUAGAAACACAGUGCCAAGAAACCAAAGGGAACAAGGGAACCUACCGCUGGAUGGCACCAGAGAUGAUCAAGGAGAAACAUUGUUCUCGGAAAGUUGAUGUGUAUAGUUUUGGGAUUGUGUUGUGGGAACUAACUACAGCUUUGCUUCCCUUUCAAGGAAUGACCCCUGUGCAAGCUGCAUUUGCUGUAGCAGAGAAGAACGAGCGGCCUCCACUGCCUGCUAGUUGCCAGCCUGCACUUGCACACUUGAUAAAGCGCUGCUGGGCAGCCAACCCAUCCAAGCGACCAGAUUUCAGUUACAUUGUUUCUGCUUUGGAGAAGUACGAUGAGUGUGUCAAAGAGGGCCUUCCUCUUACUUCACACUCGGGACUUGUCAACCGGAAUGUCAUUCUGGAACGCUUGAAAGGCUGUGUAUCCAUGAGCUCAUCUGUAACUGUACAUGCUUGACUCCAAUUCAAGUAGUUGGGAGUUGAUUUAUGACCGAGAAGAGAAAUAAAUUAAAAUCCACACAAAAAAAAGGUGGUCUAUGCAGUAAUGGGUUAUGGUGUAAAUAUGCUUUUGAGUCGAUUAAAGAGCCUUUUAGGCAGCUUGGUCACAUGCCAUUGAGAAAAGCAGGACGAUAUGACACUUGCAGUAGGAGCAUGGGCAUCAUGAGUUACCCUUUUCAGAGAAGAUUACAAUAUUUAGUUCUUCAACCUCAAAUCCUAAGCAUGCAUGAAUUUCUCAACUUUUGACUGUGAUGAGACCAGAAGUUGGCUUAUCCAACGAAGGAAAUUGAUGGAGAUGCAAGCUGCUUGAUCUAUGAACUGUAGUAAAUUAUGAAGGGCUUUUUGUAUGGAAUGUGACCCCUCUUUGUU